UUGGUCGGCCAAUGGCUGGGAGUGGCGCUGCUCAUUUACCUGCUUAUCGUUGCCGUGGCAUUGAUUGGCCGGGGUUCCGGUGUUGCCGUCGGCGGGCGGGCCGAAGAUCUGUUUAUCCUGGCGAGCAACCCAUUCAUGGGCUUGGUGGUCGGUGUCAUGGCCACCGCUCUGGUGCAGUCGUCCAGCACUGUUACCUCGAUCAUCGUCGGGCUGGUCGCCGGCGGUAUGCCCGUGGUGAUUGCGGUGCCAAUCGUAAUGGGGGCAAACGUGGGCACCACCAUCACCAAUACGUUGGUGAGUCUGGGCCACGUCGCGGAUGAGGAUGGAUUCCGGAGGGCCUUCGCCGCCGCCACCGUGCACGAUUUCUUCAACCUGCUGAGCAUCGCAAUCUUCCUGCCGCUGGAAUUAAUGCUGCACCUCCUGGAACGGUCCGCGUUAAUUCUUGGAACGUUUUUGCUGGGCGACGGCGCCUACCAGCAGGAUUCCCUGAACUUCGUGGGCGCCGCGACGGAACCGCUUGUCAACUUCAUCGCCUGGUCGGUGCGUUUGGUUCCCCGGCCCUACGACGGUAUUCUCAUGAUUGCGUGCGGAGUGGCGCUGAUUCUGGUGACCAUCACUCUGAUCAGUCGCGUGCUUCGACGACUGAUGGUCGGGAGGGUCGAAAGGGUGGUGCACGCCAGUUUGAGACGCGGGCCGAUGGCCGGCAUAGCGGCUGGUACCGCAAUAACGGUCGUGGUCCAGUCGUCGUCGACUACCACCAGCCUGAUCGUGCCACUGGCUGGAGCCGGCUUGUUCGGGUUGGCGCAGGUGUACCCCUUCACGCUGGGCGCUAAUAUCGGCACCUGCGUCACGGCAUUGCUGGCGGCAACGGCCAUCACGGGAGUGCAGGCCCUCCCAGCGCUGCAGAUCGCCCUGGUGCAAUUGCUGUACAACGUGCUGGGAGUGAUUGUCGUGUAUGGAGUGCCGUGGCUGCGCCGGGUGCCAGUGGCGACAGCGGAGCGGCUCUCGGCGGCGGUCAGUCGGCGGAAGGCGAUGGGCCUGUUCUACGUGCUCGUCGUGUUUUUUGGGAUUCCGGGGAUAUUGUUGGCGGGCUCCGCCCUGUUUUGA